AUGGUCCGCUCAGCGACCACGUGUACGCGCAUUUUCACACGAGUCUGCUGCACACAUAACCCUCCCCCACCCACCCAGGUGUUGGUGUACGAGUAUGUGCCCAACGGCGACAUCAGCGACCAUCUGUACGCCAAGUUCCAAGGGCAUCUGCUGACCUUCGAGGAGCGGCUGGACGCUGCUUUGGGGCUGGCAGAGGGGCUCAAGUACCUUCAUUAUCAUGCAGAGAAGCCCAUUGUGCACCGCGACAUCAAGCCCUGCAACGUGCUGCUCACAGAGGACUACGAGGUGAAGAUCGCCGACUUUGGUUUGAUUCGGUCGCUGCAGGAGGGGGCGGAGCAGGACGGCACGUUCACGCGUGUGGCGGGCACGAGGGGGUAUCUGGACCCCGAGUACAUGACGUGUGAAAAGCUCUCCACGGCGAGCGAUGUCUACAGCUACGGUGUGUUGCUACUCGAGAUGGUGACGGGGCGGCCAGCCACGGAGAGCGACCCGAACGACCAGGGCUGCAUCAAGCACAUCACUUCCUGGGCGGUGCCAUACAUCAAUCGCGGGGAGAUCCGAGAGAUAGCGGACGCGCGCAUCGCCUCGCCCCUCAACCUGCCCUUGCUGCUGCAGAUGGCGCGCACCGCCGCCCACUGCGUGCAGCUGCCGUCCACGCGCCGCCCGGACAUGGCUGAGGUGGCACGCGUCAUGCUGGACGCCCGCCGCACCUUUCAUGCAGCUUCCGCUGCUGCUGCUGCUGGCGCUGCUGCCCUCGCCGCCGCUGGCGGCGCUGCUGCUGGUGCCGGGGCAGGGGUGCAGGGAGGGGAAGCAGGAGGAGCAGGGUUUGUGGGACUGGCGGCUCAUAUUCUGGGUGUGGCAGGGGCGCUGGGUGGGAAGGGGAGCCCCCGAGGAGCAGAGGUGGGGAGGAGUGGGCUUGUGGGUGGCAACAGCGGCAGGGCAUUAGGGAGUGAGAGCAUGAAGAGAUGGGUGCAUUACUUUGGGGGGGGUGGAGGGCGGAGCAGGCAAGGGAGUGGACGCUUUGAAGAAAGACAGCACGCUGAGGGCUCGCUGCCCAGCAGGGGAGGGGGAGAGAGCGGUGGCUCAGUGGAGCCCGACAGUGUGCAUGCGGUUACUACUGGUAACAUGGCAACCAGCGACUCUGGUAGUCGAGAUGGAGACGUACUGUGA